CCCCCUUGGAAAAUUUCUGCAGAUGUCCAUGACUGCACAUAUAAUGUAUUUAUGUAAUGUACUGUACAUAUUAUAUACAUAUUACAUUUAUAAUAGUAUUAUAUGUAUAUAUGUAAGAGAGCAUGGGGCAAGAUGGGGUAGCUAAGGAACUUUUAUUCUUUUAUAGUUAACUAUAAACCUGGGAAAACUUUGUCAUUGAAUGCUCAAAGAUGUUUAUUUCGAGUACAAUCUACAAAAACUUGAACUUAUUAACUUUUCUUUAAUGUUUAUGAAAUUGUCAAACACCCUAUCUUGCCCCAUAGGUGAGGUAAGACUAGGUGUGUUUUGGGAUGAUAUAUCAAGAGAGACAAUGAAGUAACUUUGUUUUGUCACAAGAUGCCAUUUUGAAGUCUUGCUUAAACUCCUUGGUAAUCGAUGGUAUUAAUAAAAGAUUUUAUGAUACUGAUAGAAGGAAUCAAAAAUUAAGAAACUGCAUUACUGACAUGCAUGUUUUUAAAACAUAAGAAAUUACAUCAACAUAGUUUUUGGCUGUCAAACAGAUAUUUGCCUCAAUAGGAGAAAAACACUGAACAACAGCAAUUUUAGCUACUUCUGGUAUGCAUAUUUAGUUACAAUAUAUACUAAGUUACAUUGCUUAUUAAAUGCAAUGCAGAUAAUAUCCCAUCUUGCUCCACCUUUCCCUACCAUUAAUUUUUUAAAACAUGCUGUAUAUAUCUGAAGUUUUUUCUUACAGCUUUAUGUCAUUCAGUUCAACCAACCCCAAUGCAGAAAAUUCAUCAUGAAACACUUCAUUUAGAAAAGUGUUCAGUUUCGUUGAUACAUUUUCAUGAUUAUUGGAAAGAACUUGAUUUUUAUAUCAAAGAAAUAAAAUUUAUUUUUAAAGAUGGUUUGAAAACUAAUAUGAAAAAAUGUUUCAAAAUAUCUAAGAUUUUUCCAAAAGAAACUGUGAAAAGAAAAAUUAAUACAAUGUCUUAUUUGAAUUUGGUAACUGAACAAUUUAUAAGUUAUAAGUAUUUUGUAAGAAAUAUAUGCACAACUGAUAAAAUAGAAAAACUAACACAUGUUGAUGAACAAGGAAAAGCAAAUAUGGUUGAUAUCAGUAAUAAAUCUGAAAGUAUACGAAUAGCCAUUGCAGAAGGAAGAGUAUGUUUAGGUAAUGAUGCUUUUAAAUUAGUAAAAGAGAAUAAAAUGAAAAAAGGUGAUGUUUUAUCAACAUCUCAAAUUGCUGGAAUUAUGGGAGCAAAGAUGACUUCACAACUUAUUCCACUUUGCCAUAAUAUACCUGUUAAUAAAAUUGAUAUUGAAUUUUAUUUGGAAUCACAUACUAAUGAAAUAAUAAUAAAAGCAAUGGCAAAAUCUGAAGCAAAAACUGGUGUAGAAAUGGAAGCUCUGACAGCAGUUUCAAUAGCUGCUCUUACAGUUUAUGAUAUGUGCAAAGCUGUAAGUCAUAAUAUUGUGAUUAAAAGUAUACAGUUAAUUGAGAAAACUGGAGGAAAGAAAGAUUUUAAGAGAAGUGAAUAAAAAGUUGCAAUUUUUUGUAAAUUAAACUUUUGUUUCUGAAAUUCUUUUUAAUAUUAAUAUUAAAAAAUACAUUUAUAAUAUAAAUAA